CCAUGGUUGAAGGAGCAAGACGUGGAUGGAGAAGCCCCUUGCGUGGCACACGUGGAUGGAAAGAAUAUGUGGCAACCUGUUGAUAACGGAUUUAUGACAAUGGAAAACUUUGUAGGAGUAAAAUGACAAAAGUGACAAUAGACAUUUUAUUGAAAGAAGAUCUUGUUCUUGCCGACGGCGAAGACAUAGUAAUAGGCUACUGCAUUCCCAUGGAAUUCAAACUUUUAGGAUAGUGGUAACACGUGUUAACUUUUAUCUAGUAACGCUUCGGUGGCCUACCGAGUCACACGUUUCUGUAAAUGUGAAACAAUAUCAGAAAUAAUACAAAUGGCACUGCGCGGUGCAACAAUAGUCCUACAAAGCAAAUACUUUCGUUAUUAUCCAUGAUAAACCAAUAAUCGCACAGGUAGCCUAGUGCAGUAUGAACACAUAACAGGUGUUUUCAGAGUAGUCAAAGAGCAGACUUGUUAGAAUCCUUAAAUAACUGGUCGGUAGGUAACCAUUCACCAAGAGGAAGCCUAUUUGAAAUGGUCUACACUUGCUUUAUUUACUGGGAAGAGAUAACUUGGAAGAUAAUUCAAUUAAAGUCUCAGUUCACAAUGAAACUGCUGAACUUACUUUGCGUUGUUGUCGGGUUGUGGAGGACAUGCCUGACGAACGGAAACUGCCGGAACCUCUUCAUUGACAGCUGUCAUUGCUCCUCCGAGAGGUCCAAGAAGUUGGGCAGACAAACGUUCCGGGUGAAAGUGGUGUGUGAUGAUGUGGAAUUACUGGACACUCUACAACCCAGUUUCUUACCCAACAAAACUGUUUCCCUGAUUCUCAGUAACAACAAGAUCUCACUACUGAGGAACGCCUCCUUCUUUGGCCUGACAAUCCUGGAGAAACUGGACCUGAGGAAUAAUUUGAUUGGCACGGUGGAGCACGGGGCCUUCCGCGGACUGGUGGCUCUGAGGAGACUGGAUCUGUCCAACAAUCGGAUUGGCUGCCUCUCUCCUGAAAUGUUUGUAGACCUUGGCAAUCUCUCUAAAUUGAAUCUAUCAGGAAAUAUUUUCUCUUCGUUGCCGGUGGGACUCUUCACACACCUUCUGUCUCUCAAAGUCCUGCACUUCUCUACAGAGUCUCUGUUCUGUGACUGUCAGCUGGAGUGGCUGCUGCUGUGGGCCAGGGCGAACAGCGUGCUUCUGGGCAACGACACCCUGUGUGUUCAUCCCACACACCUCCGCGGCCUGGAGGUCCACAACCUGAGGGAGACACAGCUCAGAUGUGAUGAGCCUCUGGAGCUGCCCCUGUUUCAGCUGAUCCCGUCCCAGAGACAGGUGGUGUUCCGUGGGGACCGGCUGCCCCUGCAGUGCACUGUGUCCUACCUGGACCCCUCGGUCACGCUGCUCUGGCACCACAAUGGCCACGUCGUCCACAGCAACGAGGACAGGGGCGUCUACGUAGAGGAUACCCUGGUCCAUGACUGCUGCCUGCUCACCGGCGAGGUCGUCCUCUCCAACAUCAACCACAGCCUGUCUGGCAUCUGGGAGUGCCAGGUGACCAGUUCCCGUGGCAACAGGUCCAGACAGAUGGAGAUCCUUGUGUUGGAAACGUCAGCACCCUACUGCUCAGCAGACAGGGUCAACAGCAACAAGGGGGACUUCAGGUGGCCAAAGACCCUGGCAGGGAUACUGGCCUUCCUGCCCUGUGCUCCAUCCACAUUUGGCUAUGCCCCCCACCCUUCUGGUGCCGCUUCACACCACCGCACUCAGAGGGAGAAGAAGGCCUGGCGACGCUGUGACCGGGCAGGCCGGUGGGCAGAGGAUGACUAUACCCAGUGCCCAUAUGCCAGCGAGGUGACUCGCAUACUGCAUGAGCUCACCCAGAUGACCAUCAACACCAGCAAUGCCCAGCCGUUAGCCCAGCAGUUGGUAGCCUUCACCAGCAGGGCGGGGGACUUCAGCGAUGUGAUGGAUGUCAUCUUUGUCACACACCUGGUGGAGAGGCUGACUCGCCUGGUGGACCAGCGUAGAGAACUAGGGGACUAUAUCUCUGACAUAGCCAGUAACAUUAUGCUGGUGGAGGAACACAUCCUGUGGAUGGCUCAGAACGAGGCCAGGGCAUGUACACGCAUUGUCCAGUGUGUGGAGCGCAUCGCCGACCUGGCUCUCACCAUAGACACGCAGGUCAUAUCAAAGGUGUCCCCAAACAUAGCCAUGGAGGCCUUUCUGAUCAGGCCGUCUAACUUCCGGGGUCUUUCGUGUAUGGCGGUACAGAGAGCCCCCCUGCCACCCUUCUCUGGUCAGAGGAACCAGGAUGCCAUCGGGGACACGCUGCUCAACUUCAAAUGUCACACGGUCAACGGCGGCGGCUCCCCCGCCAGCCAACUCAGCAAGAACUCGGUGGCAGUCGCCUCAAUCCAUUUACCGCUGGCUGGUACGCCUAACCCCUCUGCGUUGCAAUCUGUUGAUAACUCGACUUGCAAGCUGCAGUUUAUUGUCUUUCGAAAUGGGAAACUCUUUCCUUGCACAGGGAAUUCGUCAAAUCUUGCAGAUGAUGGAAAACGUAGGAGCGUUUCGACACCAGUUGCUUUCACCAAAUUAGAUAGGUGUACCCUCGGGAGCGCGGUGCACUCCGUUACCAUCGCUCUCAGGCACUUCGCGCUGGGUGUAGACCCCACCGCAGCCUAUUGGGAUUUUGACCUGCUAGAUGGGCACGGUGGCUGGCGGGCAGAGGGGUGCCACAUAACAGACUCCCUGGGCAGCACGACCACCAUCCAUUGCACUCAUCACAAUAACUUUGCGGUGCUAAUGGAUCUGAAGAAGGUGCUUUCUUUCCCCCCGUACCCUGGGGAGUUUCUGCACCCGGUCGUGUAUGCCUGCACGGCCGUUAUGUUGCUCUGCCUCUUCGCCUCCAUCAUCACCUAUAUCGUGCACCACAGCACAAUCCGCAUCAGUCGGAAGGGAUGGCACAUGCUCCUCAACUUGUGUUUCCACACGGCUCUGACCUUCACUGUGUUUGCCGGAGGCAUCAAUCGAAUCAAAUACCCCAUCAUCUGCCAAGCAGUUGGCAUGGUGCUACACUACUCGUCCCUCUCCACCACGCUGUGGCUGGGGGUGAUAGCCCGGAACAUUUACAAGCAGGUGACCAAAAAGCCCCUGCAGCCCCAGGACGGUGACCCGCCUGCCAACACCAAACAGCCCAUGCUAAAUCUACAACCCAGGCUGGCACACAGAGAGAAGCACAUCCUCAGGUUUUAUUUAGUCAGUGGCGGAGUGCCCUUCAUCAUCUGUGGAAUCACAGCAGCCAUCAAUAUUGACAACUAUGGCAGUGGGGAGGCGGCACCCUACUGCUGGAUGGCGUGGGAGCCCAGCCUUGGAGCCUUCUACGGCCCCGUGUCGUUCAUCGUCCUGGUCACCUGCGUCUACUUCCUGUGUACCUUCAUUCAGCUGAGGCGCCACCCCGAUAGGAAGUACGAGCUGAAAGCCCUGACUGAGGAGCAGCAGAGGCUGGCAUCCAUCACCGACGUGGGUAGGCAUUGCCAUCAAGGGGAAGGGGAGCCCGGAGCCCUGCCACCACCGCCCAAUGGAGGGCAGUGCCACGCGGGCUGCCACUCGUCCACUGCCAUCAACCCCUCUAUGCUGGUCAACGAGCAUUCGUUCAAGGCCCAGCUGAGGACGGCGGCCUUCACCCUCUUCUUGUUCGUGGCCACGUGGGCCUUCGGGGCGCUGGCUGUUUCACAGGGCCACUUCCUGGACAUGAUCUUCAGCUGCCUGUAUGGUGCCUUCUCCGUCACGCUGGGCCUCUUCGUGCUCAUCCACCACUGUGCCAAGCGGGACGAUGUGUGGCACUGCUGGUGCGCCUGCUGCCCCGGGAGACGCGCCAACCACGGUUGCCACGGCCAUGGUCACGGCCACACUCGUCCAAAGGUUAAUGUCAAUGGGGAUGCCUUAGGGCACGGGCAUGGGCACUGCCACCUGGAUUCGCCGUGCCCAGGUAAGGCCCUGUUAGGAGGACACACCCACAGUGGCACAUUGGGUCACUGUAAGCAUGGCAGCCUGGCGUCGUCGCAGAACCAUGUGACGUGCCUGCCCGCCGUGGUGCCAUGCUGCGCCGCCCUGCACAGCCAGCAGCUGAUGGAGGAGGAGCCUCCCGCGCACGUGCUGCUACACACUGACCCCGAGGGCUACCGGCCAGACAUCCACCUGCAUCGAUGCCUGAAGGGCAGCACUAGGACUAAGCCUCGCCACUUCAGCCGUCACCGGCAGGCUGGCACAGGAGGGGGAGGAGGGGUGGGAGAGAGGGAGUACGCCUAUCACAUCCCUACUAGUGUAGACGGAGGCUCUAUCCACAGCUCCCACACAGACAGCCCUCACAGUACGCACGAGCGUCACGGACACAUCUGCCACCUAGCUGCUGCCCCCAAUGAAGUAGGCCACCACACUUGCCAAGCGGCAACGGCUCACGAGGCGGCGCUGGCAUGCCACGCCCCCUGCCACCGGCACGUGCCUUGCUGUGCCAAGGCGGACCUGUUCCCCACUCUGCGCCACGUGGAGGCAGGCGACACAGGCACCUUUCUGUGCGGCUGUGGCAAAAUAGCCAAUGAGGAGGACGUGAUCAUGCCUCAUCACCACCUGGAGAUGCACCCGCGCAGGCAAUCCUACCCCCAGAACCCGCCGCCCAAUCAGAAUGGCAUCCUUAAAGGUGGCCUGCACGAGGGUUUCCUGUACGCAUCAGACAGCACAGGGAAUAUACGCACUGGACCCUGGAAAAAUGAAACUACUGUGUAGUCUAAAGAUGGGGGGAAGAUGUCGGCAUCCAUUCCCGCCCCAGCCUCCGUCCCUCCAAUCCUCAACUCACUCCUCCUUUCCUUUCUAGGAACUACGACAACAAAAAUGAUUUUGCAACUCUAACAUCGCGACUUUUACUUUAUAUUCUUUGUUUGUUUUCAUGUGUUCCAUUUCACUCGACAGAUUAUCUGACAUUGUCGUUUAAGCUCCCCAAUGACCAGCCAUACAGUACACAGAACACAUUUUUCUCCUUCAUAGAGGAAUGUCCCACGCUGCGAGAUCCAGUACCUUUUUGUCCAAGGUAUUUUUAGUAUGUUAUUAUUAUUACAGAUCUAUCGAAGAUGGAGAUUACGGAUGUGUGUGUGUGGAUGUGUGUGUGUGUGUGUGUGUGUGUGUGUGUGAACAGAACAUGUGUGUCUAUUCUCGCUCAAAGCAAAUGAGAUUGCGUUCUCUUUUGUGAGUCCCUAAAAUCCUCCGACUACUCUCUGAUUUGUGUACCUGCAGUACUUCAAGAGGCUCAGUAUCAGUGUUUUAGGCAAACACACCAGCAAUCUAGAGUCAUUGGUAUUUUCGCCAUUUUGAACAAAAAGCAUACUUACUAUAAUAUACUGUGAAUAUCAGUUAGAGAUUUCUUAGUAAUACACAAAGAUGUCUGCUCUCGUCAGAGUUCCGUGGAUGCCGAUGCGUUGUGAAAGUGUAAAAAAAAAAAAGAAAACACACAUUGAAAAACCGAAACCACAUUGAGUACUCUGUUACAGGUUGAUAUUGAAUGUUCUUGUCGGUAUGAUGUCUUACUGUUGUGUUUUUUUAGAGCGAAGUGUACAACAACAAUCACAUUGUCAUUGUGUAUAUUUGCGGUGUUGGCGCGAUAGUGACAUUCAUGUCAUCACAUGCCAUGACAAAGCAGCAGCCAUUCCAGGAUCAACCCUUUCCUCUUGUCCCGUUUGAUAUACAGUAAAACCCAAGCCAACAUUUUCCAUCUCUGGCAAGGCAUCACAAAAUGGUUGGAGGUUCAUUCAAUGGGUCAUGUCCGAAAUCAAUGCUUAAACACAAUAUUUCAUUUCUUUAUAGGAAACGGAGCAUGCAAGCCUUGUAUGUCGCUUUGUGCUGUGUUUUUGCUUCGUAUACCAAUGCACAUUUCCUGAAAAACGCCAUCACUUUUGUCUAUGGAGCAGAUCAAGCUGUGUUUCGCUGUAACAUGCCGUGAAACAAACAAUUAUAUUUUUACACGAUUUUUAGUAUCAUUAUGCCAUUAUUAUGGAUGCUCCUGAAACCAUGUUCUGUUAAGGGACAGAGGACAGGGCAGAGAUUCCGUGUUGAAUAUUUAACCUUAUACAGGUGGUGUUAUGUAUGGUGGCCCUAAGAGCCAAUUCAUGCUUGAUUCAAAAAAUGUGGUGGGAGGCGCUGUAUGGAUGGUGUGACGCAACUGCGGAGCCUCUGGAGGCACGCAGAGGCCAAAUUGAGCUCCGUACCUCAUCGCCGUGCGCUCCAUAUAGCUCCGCACUUACAUGAUUGGUUGACGGUAGGUGAGGUCUAAAGGUCCUGUAUAAACACAAGCUCACUUCCUUCACAACAGCUCUGCUUUGCGAAGCGCAAGAAGUAUGAAUGCCCCUGACUUCUGCAGAGGCCAUAUCACCGUAAAUGCUGCGCGGCCAGUGCAGCCGUCAGAUUGACCACGCAGCGCCUUUUAAGUGGCAAAGUAAUUUAAGAAAAUCUAAUUUGCCCCUUAGGGCCACCGUAGUUAUGUUCGGUAUGGAAACCAGUCAUUCCCGAGUGAGAGAGAACUGACAAGGUUAAUAGAGAAACAAAUCACUACCUACAAGAACACAGCAACUCCUGCCUGGCCAAAACCACCUUGGCAUGCCACACCAUCCAUCCAUCUUGUGCACUCUUGUCUAUGUACAUAGAAUUGGUUCGGAUGAAUUAUUUUAUACAAGAUUUAAAAUGUUAAAGAGUAAAUAAAUAUAUAUGUAAUGAAAAUGUAUGGGAAAGACCUCUUAAUGUUAAUGCUCAGUAUCUGAGUUUAGAAAUGUAAUUUGUUCUUGGUGCAUUCUUCUGUUUGCUUGUAUUUUCUGCUCUGAUCUUUCAUAAGGUAUGCGGACUGGCCAUAUAUUUUGUUAUAUUUGACACAUAAAUGCACUAACCGCUAUGGGAUGCCAGGACUUAAUGUCACACACGUCAACUGUGAUUCAAUUGUGAUCUGACUUCAACAAGGGACUUGAUUUUAGAAAGAAAUGUUAGAAUUUCUGAAAAGAGACCAUUUUUAGAUGUACAUACGUAAAAGGAAUAUUUCUGAUUUUGGAAGACAAAGACUGACCAGUAGCAAAAUGAGCCGCCAUGAGACUUCAAGACUAUAUCAGAUGAAUAAUGAUGCUGUGUAACAGUUUCACUAAAAACACCUAACAUCCUUGGUAUUCUUAAAUCAUCCCGCAUUAAACAUGUCUAUGAGAGA